AUGAUGCAGCUGGGUUGCGACAGGGUGUUUGUCGGGCCCGGCGUGUGCAAGGGCGGUGACCUGGUGAAGCGGGGGAGGGCGAUUGUGCAGGCUGUGACCCAUUACAGGAACCCGGAUGUGCUAGCUGAGGUGAGUUGCGGGUUGGGCGAGGCCAUGGUUGGGUUGAAUUUGAAGGACAAGAAGGGGGAGAGGUUGGCUAAUUAG